GCCUAACCAUGGCCAAGAAAAAGGGAAGAAAGGGCAAGAAGGGCAAGAAGCCAAAGGUCGACUGCAAGUUCAAGAUCACGAACGAGAUGCUCAAGCCCAUGAACGAGAAUGUGGAUGACUGCGACGGCUGCUGCCAGUGCGCCUGCGAUUGCGACUGCAGUCCGGAGAUAGCGCCCUGCUUCAUCCAGCCGACCAGGCCGGAUCCGGGUCCGGAGGCGUACGACGAGUUCGAGGCCUGCCUCAACGGCAGUGGUCUGACCAUUCGCGUCCUUAAGAACACCCACAAGGUGGAGAGCGUCCUGGAUGGCAGCGAGACUGCGCCCAACCUGGGCGCCGGCGAUGAUCCCUGCUAUCGGGAUGACCCCAAUGACUGCGAGCCCUCCAAGGAGUCCUGCCUGCACGAUAUGCUGCAGCGCAGCUCCUUCGCCCGGAACCACAUCAAGCGCCGCACCGGCGGCAGGAUCAUCAACCAUCCGAAUAUACCCAAGGUGCGGGCCAACAUCAAGUACUCUGGGAACGACGCCUGCGAGACAGACAACUACUACGUGCCCUUCUCGAAGAUCAAGGAGGCCUGCGACUUCCAGGAGGCAAAGGUCGAGUGCUACCGCCAGCGACUCUGCGGCGGCUCCGAUCCCAUUGUGCCCGCGCAGUGUCCCGCCCAGAACCAGCGAUCCUGUUGCAUGCAGGUCGAGCGGAAGGACAUCCUGGACACCAUGAAGGGCGUCAAUCUGGACACACGGCGCAAGGGUAUUGAGGUCUGUUACAAAACCUGCGAAGAGACCGACAGCGACGUGUUCCUGGUGAAACUGGGCAGCAAGGCGAAGUCGCAGCACAAGAAGAACACCAUCGAGAUCGAGCUGAGGACGCCCAAGCAACCCGUAACCCUUCCAAUCAGCAAGGUCACCACCGAGACGUAUGUUUCCGAGGAAAUGCUCGCCGGUGGCAAGAAGGGCAAGAAGGGCAAGAAGGGGAAGAAGGGCAAGAAGGGCAAGGGCAAGAAGAAGAAGUAGACAUAGUCGAUCCUAGAUGGAUCCUAUUCCAAAGACCGGACUUAAAGCUCACCUUUUCGGAACACAUCCUUUGGCUUUUGGGUGCACCACUUCGAAAAUUCAUAGCAGCUGUUAUUGAAAUUUGGUUUGGAUUUGGCCCAUUCAUAUCAACCCGUUUAGUAAGACGCACGAACCCUCAAUUUUUCGACUAGUUACGUAAAUGUAUAAUUUUGAUAAACGCAAAGAAUUAAAAUUUAAAAUUGAAAAA